ACAGGCCAAAACCACUCUGCUUGAUCUGUGAAGAUGAAGGCCUACCUCAGGGAAUUUGAUCUUUGGGAGUUUGUUGAAAAUGAUAGGGAACCUGUAACCUUGCCAGCAAACCCAACUUUGAAUCAGAUUAAGAGGCAUACAGAAGAGUCUACAAAGAGGAAAAGGAACUCAACUUCAAGCAUAUCUCCCUGGCAGGAAAGUGGUGUAUCAAAUUUCAAUGAAGCUAGGUUGUUGUAUGAUGGACAGAAUAUUGACAGCCCAGCAAAUGCUGCUCUUGUUCUUGAAAACAUCAAACAGGAGGUUGAAGGCUUUGAUGCUGAUUACUCUCUGGAAACACCUGCCAGCACACAAUCUGCUUCAAAAAGAAAAUUAUCCAUUGAUGCUCGUGGAAUCCCAGAGGCUGACUUUGGCACUGAUUCAAUGCGUCGGGUAGGAAGUGUUUCAUUAAAAUCUUGCAAGAUUGGGGAUGAAUCAUUGGCAGAAAGUGGAGAAACAAGUUUUGCCUUAUUUGCAUCAUUGCUUGAUUCUACCCUUCAAGGUGCUUGAAGUAAAUUAAUCAUAUCAAGCAUGCUGCUCAAAAUUUAAAAUAUUUAAUUAGCUUCUGUUGCUUUUAGUUAAGUUAGUUUUUGAUAAAUAACAUCUGAUGAUUGCUGGGGAGUGUUUAUUCUAUUUUUUGGGCCAUGCUUAGCUGGUGAGCUUUAUGCUGAAAUUAUAGCUUUGUGCAUUAAAUUGGGCAUGGAUUUGUAGAUAUUGCAAGACUGGUGGAAGGAAGUGAGUUAAUACUUAAUAGACAUUGUGCUUGAGU